ACUGUUUCGCCUGUUAUGUUCUGUUAAAAGACUUCUCUGGUUGUUGUUCUUGACUCCUACUUCCUCGCGGUUGCACGAUCCAUGGAGGGGUUACAGGAUUAUUACGUACGAUUACGUUAUUGGGCCGGACCAUGCUAACCAUGUGCCCUGAGAAGCGUGGAAAAACUCGAAGAAGGGAGCGAUCGAGGGAGAAGGAGACUGCGUGCAUGUUGUCGACUCUCGGCAAAAAGGGGGUGUUGCCUCUUCAGUAACGAAGUGAACACGUUCCGUGACGCUACCAGUUUCUCUCUGUCUAUUUCUGGACUCGUAUGGUGUUGUCUUCAACGUUAUUAAGCGCCCGUAUUACUUAUUCGGUGUCAAAUAAUUAUCGAUUAAAUUGAAUCGGAAACUAUUUAGGUCUUAAAGAUCAACAUGUUCUUCAGAGUAACAUGGAUGUUGGUCAUCUUCGGUCUGGUUGUCUUAGCACAAUCCGCUUUACGAUGUUGGGAUUGCGCUUCCAACAUGAACGCACUGUGUGGUGAUCCACUAAACAUCACGGAGCAUCAAACAAUGUUCCACACGAAAAUUUGCGAAACUGGAUCUUACGAAACGUCAAAACAUAUAUGCCGGAAAAUCGUGAAAAGAGUAAAUGGUGAUCGAGUAGUGAUUCGCCAGUGUUCUACACCUAACGUUGAUGAGGUAGAUAUCGACGAUGGUCCUUGCAGCGCCUCGGCAAUUUCAGGUCGAAACGUAAUCGAAUCCUGCCAUAUUUGUAGCACUGACCUCUGCAAUUCUGCGACAGGCACUUCAAUUACGCAAUCACUGUUCAUCAUUGCGCUAGCCGUUGUCAGCUACUGUUCCCUCCGAUCGAAAUACAAUUUCCUUACAUAACGAGAUUCUAACCGAAAAGAUAAAAUCUAUUAUUUUUAAACUCAACAAUUAUCUGAAAGAGCGCCAUUUUAAAUAAUCUUGAAUUCAAACGUGACUAGCAUUUUCUCAAAUAAAUUUUAUUUUAAAAAGAUUAUUUUUACGUUCUCCCUAUUAUUUUCUCGUGCUAUAAUAACAAUUUGGUUAAACUGUCAAUUACUAAAUAAAAUUACUUGUUCUUGAAGGGUAAGACAAUUUUAAAUUUUAUUAGCGUAAUAAAUGAUGUUAUAUUGGUUUCACGUAAUCGUCCAAGUUCGCUAAGGUUUUUAUAGUUAGGCGUACCUCGUUAGUCGCAUACUAAAUAGAACAGUUAACAUAUAUUACGGUAGCUGCGUCACUCUGCUGAAAGCUUUAGUUAAUCUAAUAGUCUAUUUAAUUACGAUAUUUUCGUAAAAAAAAAAAACAACUACUCUAAAUAAAAUUAUGAUAUUCUUGUACAAUUUGUGUAUAUAAAUUUUUACAGGUGUGA